UGUCGGUGCUAUCGGUACCACCGCGUCGCGAGCUGCAGACCAUUAAUCAGUCGUCGCAACAGUCGAACUAGCUAGAGGGACGCUCUCUUUCUGCUGUACGUAUCUAGCCAUAUUUGCCUACCGUCUGGUUACAACAUUGCAAGCGAUAGCUCCUAGGAAAUCGGAUCGCAUCACCACGAAAUUUUAGUGAAACGCGUGUUUUUGUCAGAGAUAGAUGUUUGUGGGAAUACGUAUUUCCUGCAUCGCAAAUUAUCGCGUGAGGCCUCCGUAGCGUAUCAACAGGUCAACCGUUGCGCAUUGCCGGCUAGAGGGGGCGAGCUGAGAAAUAUUUAUUUAUAAGUCUCUGCGAGCAGAAACCGCAGUUCGAAAAAAUCGGUUUCACGGCAAGUUUCAUCAUGAAUGGCUCUAGCUUGACGUACGAUUACGGUUUAUCCCAGUUUGAUUUGGAAAUACUAGCCAACCUUAGCGCUGCAGACGGCGUUCCUUUUGAGGAGCACCGUCAAGCAGAGGCCGUUAGCGUUGAGGAGGAAUCUGGUGAACCGCUGGGCGUUAAGAUUUUCCUGGCCCUAGUGUAUAUCCUUAUCAUAUGCGUAUGCGGCGUAGGCAAUCUCCUAUUGCUCAUCGUUAUCGCAGCGUAUAAGAAAAUGCGAACGAUCACGAAUGCGCUGAUCGCAAACCUGGCCUUUUCCGAUUUCAUCGUGGCUGUGGUUUGCAUGCCGCUGAUCAUGGACUACUACAUAGUCCGGCCCGACCGCUACUGGACCUACAGCGACACCACAUGUACGGUCAUCAACUACCUGCGGAUGGCAUCUUUGUACGUGUCCACCAACUCUCUUCUGGUCAUCGCUAUUGAUCGGUACGUGGUCAUUGUCUGCACCAGCGUUGCACGGAUGUCCCCACGUGUCGCCUUCAUCGUUACCGCCCUGGUGUGGGUGGUGUCCAUGCUACUGGCCAUCCCUGUUGCCAUCUACUCAGAAGCUGUCGAGCACGCGAAUGGCGGGUCAGCUUUCUGCGGACAGGUCUGGCCGGUACACGUCGAAAACAUGUACAAAGCCUACUACCUGACAUUGUUCAUCCUUCAGUUUGCUCUGCCUGUCCUCAUCAUGGGCUUUUGCUACAUUCGGAUCGGCUUACGCAUAUGGUACCGAACGGUUCCCGGGCACCAGACUGACGAACAGCAGAUGAGAAUCCAGCAGUCCAAGCGUCGCGUGGUGCGCCUCCUCAUGGUCAUUGUCGUCAUCUUCACCCUCAGCUGGUUUCCCUACUACAUCUACGCCAUCAUUCGCGACUGGUUCCCAGAGAUCCUCCACGACACCCACCACAACACAACCAUCUAUUUCAUCGUAGAGGCACUGGGGAUGUCCAACAGCAUGGUCAAUACCAUCGUGUACAUCGUGAUGAACAAGAGCGCCAGAAAACACAUCAAGAUGCUGGCUAGUGACUGUAAGGCAUUGCGGAGUAACAGGCAGAACAGACGAGUCGGUGCUCAGCCGGGUGUCAUGGCCAGAGCUCACACAUCCUCGGACACAAAAUCGCCGAGUUCUCGUCAGAGGGGACAGGGUGGGGACAAUGUGAACCGUGUUGUGGAGCUCCACACUGUUCGCACAGCUGCUGGGAAUAAAGGAGAGGGGUCGUCUGGCGGGGAAAACAGUCAGAUGAAGCUGACUCCGAGGGAGUUUCGGCAGCAUUUGCAGCACGCUUAUACCCUCCCGGGAGGCGUGCAGGGUGGUAGCUCCCAAAAAGAUGGCGGCGAAAUCUCUACGAUUGCGUAAUGAGACAAUGAAACACUCCAAAAUACAUUUGGUAGAGCAGUGUUAACAUAAAGAUAUGGACCAAACAAUCUUUCUGUAAGUCCAAAAAUAGGAAGGCACAAUGAAUUUUCACAGAAAUAGUCGAAACAUAUCAAGACAACUUUACGGAUGUCUGUGUUUAAGAAAUAGCUUUUUGUACGUAUCUGAGUGUUCCGUGUCAGUAUCAUAUCGUUUGGGUGGAGCAUUUUUGAGCCUUUUGCUAUGUACAUUCUUUAUCAGUAACUUUUAAAUGUUAAGAGUUACAUCCGUUAAAUGGAGAUAAGCUGUUUUGGAAAAUAAUAAAUUUCGUUGUAAAUAACAUCUUCCUUCAAGGUCUAUAUUGUAUUUGAAAAUUGUGGCUGUUUUAUGAUUAUUUGUAGUACUUUGUUAUUAUCUGUAUACAACGAUGUGUUGAAACGUAAUUUCCGUUUGUACUUGUAACAUAUUUGAGUACGAUUUCAAAUAUUUGAAAAAUAGAUAUUUGUUAUAAAAGAUAAACUGAUGCAUUUGCCACUUCAUAAAUAAUAUGGCAUGUAUUCUAGUAUAAUUGUUUAUUCAGAUUA